AUGUUCUUUGACGGAGCCGCAAACUUCAAAGGAGUCGGAGUUGGAGCAGUACUAGUUUCAGAAUCUGGACAACAUUAUCCAAUCUCAGCGAAACAUCGAUUUCCGUGCACCAACAACAUGGCAGAAUAUGAGGCUUGUAUACUUGGGCUCAAAAUGGCCGUUGACAUAAACAUCCAAGAGUUAUUGGUUAUAGGUGAUUCAGACUUGCUGAUUCAUCAAGUACAAGGCGAAUGGAAUACAAAAAACACAAAAAUCCUAUCAUAUUUACAUUGUGUGAAGGAGUUGUGUAAGAAGUUUAUCAAGGUGGACUUCAAGCAUGUUCCAAGAGUUCAAAAUGAGUUCGCAGAUGCUUUAGCAACUUUGUCUUCCGUGAUUCAACAUCCAGUCAAGAACUACAUAGACCCCAUCAAGGUGAAUGUGCAAGGUCAACCAGCUUAUUCUUUCCAUGUGGAUGAAGAGCCAGACGGAGAACCAUGGUAUUAUGACAUUAAUAGGAGGACCCCAGAUUUAGGACUGUUGAGGUGUGUAGAUGCCAGAGAAGCAACCAAGCUGAUUGAAGAGAUACAUGUAGCAACAUGUGGGCCUCACAUGAAUGGUUUUACUUUGGUAAAGAAAAUUCUGCGAGCAGGUUACUUUCGGAUGACCAUGGAAACAGAUUGCAUUCAUUUUGUACAGAAAUGUCAUCAGUGUCAAAUUCACAGUGAUUUGAUUCGAGUCCCACCAAAUGAACUCAAUGUGACGAGUUUUUCUUGGCCAUUUGCAGCUUGGGGCAUGGACGUCAUUGGCCCUAUUGAGCAUACCGCAUUGAAUGGGCAUAGAUUUAUCCUGGUAGCUAUUGAUUAUUUUACAAAGUGGAUAGAAGCCUCUUCUUACAAGUCAGUUACAAAGAAGGUGGUAGCAGAUUUUGUCCGUAACAACAUCGUUUGCCGAUUUGGAAUUCCUGAGUCAAUCAUUACGGAUAAUAUAGCCGUUCUUAAUAGUGACUUGAUGCAAUAA